AUGGUAACCAGAGCUCCAGACAUCGCGAGAGCAAACGUGACAACAGAGCUGUCUCAGGUGCUGGAGGAGGAGGAGAAGAGGUGGAUGGAGACGCUGCACAUUGAGGAGUUCCACAUAACACUAGCUAACACUGUGAUACAGCGGCUACAGGUUGACCUCGAUCGAUCAGUCUCUGUUAACAAGAGCCUGGGAAUCAGAGUCACGCAGUGCACGCUCAACGGACUGGCAGACUUCCUGUACAGUUUCCAGAGGAAGGUGGAGAUGUUUCAUGAGGGGAUGUCAAGUGGGAUGUUUGGAGACAAUGAAGACGGAUACGUCUCGAAAACAAUCGCUAUGGUCAACUGCUGCCCCCCCUUCAGGUGUUUCCUGAAGAGCUGUUUGCAGGUGGACGCCGUCUCCAUCAGCGAGGAUUCGUGUCGUCGAGGGAACGGUGCCUUGGACCGCAUCGUCACGCUGGGGGUCCGUGUCCUGGCAGACCGUCUCUUCCACACCAUCAGGCCGUGCUUUGAAAAGCUGGUGAAGAAGAAGUGGUUGACCAAUCCGGAGCCAUACAAGCACAUCGAGUCUCUGAUCAAAGAAAGCUUUGCCAAGUACAGACGGAUGGAAAGUCCUCCUUACCAGGUGCUGGUGGGCCAGCUCCACAGCAGGGUGCUGCAGGAGUACCUCAGGAUGCUGAUGAGGGGGAAGAUCAUCUGCACCUCGUCCAAGACGAGGAAGAAGAUGUCCGCACGGCUCAAGGAUGAAGGACAGCAGAUUAGAGCCCUCUUCAAAGAACUGGAGUCCCCAGCUUCGUGGUUGGACGGGGUCCUGUCCCACAUCUCUGAGAUCAUCGUGUUGGAGGACGUUCCCUCCAUCCAGAUGGAGGUCGGGGUUCUGGUGCGAGAGUUCCCUGAUGUCAGGAAGAAGCAUGUGUCGGCCAUCCUGAACAUCCGGGGGCUGAUGCGGCAGACAGAGCGGCAGGAGAUCCUGAACAUCGUGACGGACAUGGAGAGCAGCCCCGCCCCCAUGGCCCGGAGCCGCGCCCUCUUCUCCGAGGUCCCGGUCACCCCGGAGGUCCACUGCCUCAACCUGGGCCUGAGCCGCGCGGCCCUGGCCAUGUCGACCUGCUUCAGCCCCGCACGGCCCCCCCAGGGGUCCCCCCGCCGCCGCGCCCAGCACAACCCCGACGAUGACCUCUGACCCCUUCAGGCCCAACCCCGACGAUGACCUCUGACCCCUUCAGGCCAAACCCUGACAAUGACCUCUGACCCCUCAGGCCAAACCCUGACCAGAACCUCUGACCCCUCCCAACAAGACCAUGACCUCUGACCCCUCCCAACACAACCCUGACCAUGACCUAUGACCCCUCCCAACACAACGCUGACCAUGACCUAUGACCCCUCCCAACACAACCCUGACCAUGACCUAUGACCCCUCCCAACACAACCCUGACCAUGACCUAUGACCCCUCCCAACACAACCCUGACCAUGACCUCUGACCCCUCCAAACACAACCCUUACCAUGACAUCUGACCCCUCCCAACAUUAACCUGACCUCUGAACCCUGCAAGUAAAAUCAUGACCUCUGACCCCUCAAUGAACCACCAUGACCUCUGUCCAAUACUGCAGGACACGGAGAAGGAAAAUUACGUGGGGAUAAAUCGCUCUCCCUUAAUGCAUUAGGGUCGGCGGUAGGAUAGGCUUAGUGUUUGUAAGUCUAAUCAAUGUUCAGUUUUCACAUGCACAAAAAGGAAUCAAGAAUGUUUCUAGAUCAAAGAAAAACUCAUAUUGAUGAUUGAUAGAUGGUUGCAAUAAUGCAGUGCCAUUAGUCCCAUGCACUUCCUAUCUCUUCCAAUAGCAGAUAUUCUGACACAUUCCUACUGGACCGGCUCCAGGACUGAUUGAGACUGAAAGACCGCCCUGUGGGGAAGUCUACCAGCCUGUUGUUCUGCAGAGAGAGCUGGGCCUAGAGGGUUCUGCCCUGUGUUAACCACAGGGCCGACCGGCCUAGGCUCUCCAGACACCUACCGGGGUUACAGCUGGUGGUUACGGCCUUUGCUCUGCCAUCAAGAACCCUUUCCAGUGAAACAGCUGCAGUGUUUCACCGCCGUCUUAAGAUGAAUCGUUCUACGUGUGGAGAGGUCUCAGAGCGGGACUCAGAAACUCUCCUUGAUGUCUGAACUUCCACAGGAACCAUGACGCUAACUCUAACACCAGACACAAACUAUGGGCAACCAGUAAACAAACAACCAACACUGAACAAGCAGAAGAGCCGAUAUGUCUGUGUUUGAUUUAAGGUACGAGGUGAUUGUCUCUGUGUAUUUAAAGAUCCACACUCUCUGGACAAGGUCUGGUCGUUUAAAGUCAUGGGGGAGGAUACAACUAUGAGAGUAAAGUAGUUUUUCUUCUUGCAUGAUGCAUCAUAGUAGUAAGAGUGGUUAACACAUUUGGGAUAAGGCUUUAAGGCUUUGGUGAUCUAAACUGAUUGGUUGCUUUCAGACGCUAACGUCUUUGUGGUUUAACCACAAGCUGCACAACAGAUUAAUAACUGAUUCUGAGAUAUAUUGAAAUGUACUGGAUGCUGUAGAGUGCGGCCUUUAGAAGAGAUAAACCUAAAUAUACUGGAUGUUGUGUAGAGGGACUUUUAGAAAGUAUAAACUUUAAUGUACUGGAGGCUGUGGAGAGGGAACUUUAGAAAUAGAAACCUUAAUGUACUGGAUGCUUUAUAGAGGGACCUUUAAAAAGUAGAAACUUUGGGAUGUAAAUCUGGCUUCACCAUGAUUUGUUUAUUUAUUAGGGAGUUUGAUUAUAUGUGAUCUAUAUCACUUUAAAAUGUGAUGUUCCAAAUUAUUAUGAUUGUCACAGCUACUAGAGUCAUCUCAAUCCGAUGUUAUGAAAUUAUGUCAUUGUAAGUGGAAUGGAUGGUCAGAUGAUGUUGGUGAAUGAAAUGUUCUUCAGAGAAAUAUAUAUAUUUUUCAUUCACAAUUGUAUCAUGAAAGAACAUCUGGGGAUAUGCGUUAUUCGUAACAUUUUAUUAAUUUGAGCUAGUUCGGAAAUGUUAAUAAAAUAUUCACACAAAAUCUUGUAUUCUAUUUAUUUUCUCUUUUACUCUGUGUACGCUUACCCUAUAAUAUUGUUAGAUAUUAUCUAUAUUAUAACACCAUAAUAUUGUGGUUUUAUAAAUGUUUCUAAAGCAUGGUUUCAU